CCUUUGUUCAUCUAUAAAUAUUUCAUAAAGCAACUCUAAGAAAUUAAACUUAACAUUUUACAAAUCACAGCUAUAUUCUUAUCCUUCUUUGGCCCAUCAUUAAUUAGAAAAAACACUUGCAAUUUCAAAUGGCAUAUUCAUUGGUUUCUCCAAACACCUUUGCUCUAAACCUGAAAUUACACUGCAAGAUUUGUGAGAAGACACUGAAAAACAUGCUGCUAAAAAUCCAAGGUGUCCAUUCAGUGAAGAUUGAUGAAAAGCUUGGAAAUGUAGUCAUUUCAGGCACAGUUGAUCCUGCAACAAUUCUAACCAUGUUAGAAAAACUUGGGAGAAAAGCAGAACUCUUAUGGGAACAAGGAACUCCGAUAAAAAACGAGAAAAAUGUUCAGAUAAUCACACAAUCUAAAGUGAUCGAUCCACUGCAUGAUCCAGAAAUUAUGACACAAGUAGAGCAAUUGUCUGGGAUUCCAGGCUUGCAAACAAUAGAAGUGACCAGAACAAUCAAGUUGACUUUCCAAGGAGAAUCAAGAAAUGAACCUGCUGAUAAAGUCUUGGAAAUCAGCACUACCAACAAUUUGAACAAACCUCAUCAUCAAUUUGAACAAUUUGAGCAUUCACAUGGUGAUGGAUUUUGUGCGGCUUCUUCGUCGUGUUGUGGUGGUCAUGCUGCUAUCAAUCAAAGUCAUAAUCUUCAUGGAUGUUGUCAUGGCGGUAAUACUAGUAAUUUUGGUUCUUGUUGUGCAAACAGCAGAAAUUGUUGUUGCGAGCAUCGCCCGCCCCCAAUGGAAAAUUGGGGUAGGGCACGACCCUCCAAUUCUCAACCUCCACCUCUACUGACAGCACAAUCUUGGUCAAGUGGUAGUAGUAUUGCAUCUGCCCCUCCUUUGCCAUCCGAUUAUUUUCAGGGACCACCAUCUCCACCAUCAUCAUCUUCGCAAAUGCUUAACACCUGUUACAGUGCCUUAAGCGACGAGAAUGCAAAUGGCUGCAUAAUCCAAUGAUUGCUGCCAUAUGUUUGUGUGUGUGUGUGUGUUUGCUUCAUGUAGAAGAGUGGAAAGUGGGGCUUUAGUUGAGCUUGUCCUGAAUUGGCUUCCAUGGCAGGCAGGACUGUGAAACUGUCUCCUGAUGCCCCAACACAUGCAUAAUGUUCUAUGGAAUUAUAACAUUGGAAGGACUGUGAUGUUUGUAAAUAAAUAAAGCGCAAACACUGGGACACUACCACACAAGAAAAAAGGGCAGCCCAAUGCACUAAGCUUCCGCUAUGCGGGGAGUCCAGGGAAGGGCCGGACCCCAAAGGUCUAUUGUAUGCAACCUUACCCUGCAUUCUGCAAGAAUGAAGUAUAUACUGCCAAAUUUUAACAUAGGAACCUGGUGAAGACUAUUUGGCUGCUGCAUUGAAGGGGAAAAAAUAUGUUAUCUAUGACCACUUGCCUACCAGGAGUCUUGAUUCAUUUAUACUUAUUACAACUUCUCCAUCCAAUACUGUGCAUACAACAACUACUAGGACUAAGGUCAUGAAUCCCCACUUCUUCAUUUUCGCUUAUUUUAUUUGGGGAUUCAUCAUGAAUUGACAAGUUUUACAGCACCCCUCCUCC